CUGCGCUCCGUGACGUCACAGUGUUCUGAACGUCACCGGUUCCGGUCAGAAACAUCAGUUAGGAAACCAAACUCAGAAAGACUUCAGGCAGCGUUUUAUUCACACAAACCUUUACUGUUUACUGUUCGACAAGAAAAGAUUUCAGUGAAGAGAUGGAAGACCAAAGCUCAAGUCAGAUAAAAUCCUGGAUGACAAGGAAGCUGGAGGAACUGAGGUACGAGAUGAGAAGAGAGAUGCAAUGUAAAAUCAACAAUGUCUGCUUCGAGUUGGGAGAGUGUGUACGAAUCCAGAGAGAUCAGAUCUACACACUGCUGCAGAUGCAGCCAGACACGAGAGAGACGGCCAUCAAGUCCAUCCUGACCAAAAAGACCUUCAAGAUACGCGGAGAUCUGGUCCUGACGGUGGACAGUACAACGACAGCAGAAGAGAGAAAGAAAGAAGAAGAGCAAGAGAAAGAAACAGAGAAAAUGAAAAGACUGGGGAUGGAAAAGAAGAAAGAGAGAAAGAGAAUGCUAAAGGAGAAAGAGAAGGAGGAUAUGAUCAAAAAAGAGAAAAGAAACCGCCUAGAAGAGGAAAGGCGUAAGAAGGAAGAGCUACAAAGAGAGCUGAAGAGAAAGAAGGAGGAGGAAAAGCUACAGAGAGAGAUGGAGAGAAAGAAGGAAGAGGAAGAGCUACAGAGAGAGAUGGAGAGAAAGAAGGAAGAGCUACAGAGAGAGAUGGAGAGAAAUAGAAAGCUGGAGAAAAAAAGGAAGAAGGAAGAGCUACAGAGAGAGCUGAAAAGAAAGAGGGAGGAGGAAGAGCUAAAAAGAGAGCUGGUAAGAAAUAGGGAGGAGGAAGAGGAGCGAAAGAGAGAGCUGGAGAGAAAGAGGGAGGAGGAAGAGGACCGAAAUAGAGAGCUGGAGAGAAAGAGGAAGGAGGAAAAGGAGCGAAACAGAGAACUGGAAAGAAAGAGGAAGGAGGAAGCGGAGCGAAAGAGAGAGCUGGAAAGAAAGAGGGAGGAGGAAGAGGAGCGAAAGAGAGAGCUGGAAAGAAAGAGGGAGGAGGAAGAGGAGCGAAAGAGAGAGCUGGAAAGAAAGAGGGAGGAGGAAGCGGAGCGAAAGAGAGAGCUGGAGAGAAAGAGGGAGGAGGAAGCGGAGCGAAAGAGAGAGCUGGAAAGAAAGAGAAAGGAGGAGGAAGAGAUGAAUGGCAGUAGUAGUAGUGCUGUAGAAACAGAAGAUUCGGAUGAGUGGGAGACAGAGACAGACUCAGGGAAAGAGAAGAAUCAUGCUCCUGCCAAGUCAGGUCUUGGACAAAUGAUGAAUUUCAUGAAAGCCACUUGUAAGAAGCUUCUCCAAAGUAAGAGAAAUAAUUUUGAAGAGUCGCGGAGGCUCUGGGCGAUGAGGCAGCAGGAAAUGAUUGCUGAGGAAAAGGAAAAGCAGAAGAGCCUUGCUGAUCAGCUACUGGUCCAAGCCAAGAACACGACUCACUGCAAACCAAAUGAUUCAAGGAUCGAUCCUCAACAUCCGAAUCCAAUUCUCAGGAAGUCUACACUACCCCAUCACACACAGGGUUCCUCCGGUCACCUGAAGGGGGCGCUCCAGCCUGUUCCGGGACCGAGCCGUGGCGUCACACGUAGAACUGCUAAAUUUCAUCCUCAGUCAUCACGGAAACGUGCAGCUUAGACGUCCACCACGGAGUGACCUGAUCCUAAGUGGACAGCUGAAACACUCUGACGCUCACACCUUGCCUUAGAAAUCGUCUCCGUCGGUCACUGACCGCUUCGGAUCUGAUUUUAAAUUCAAAUUCAAAUGUUAUUAGUCACAUACAUAAUGGUACACAGUGUGAUAUGCAGUGAAAGGCUUACACCACUGUUAUGACCCUAGGAAAAGGAAUAAGGACAGAACAAAAGACAGGAUAAAAUAUAAAAAUAAAAUAUAAAAAUACGAAAUAUAAAAUAUAAAAACAAGUUCACAGUAAGCAAAAAAAUAUAAUAGAAUAAAAAUGUAAUAAAAUAUAAUAAAUAUAAAUAAA